AUGUCUGACGACGCAGCUGCUCAGCACAACGGAACAACCGAGGUCGAGGACACGGUCAAGGAUGCUGUGGUGGACACCAGCGCCUCCACUGAAACCCAGCCCUUCUCCUGGCUCCAGCCUCAUCCGAUCUUCGUCAUUGCAUUGGUCGGCCCCGAGGAGACGCCCUUCGGCAUUCAAAAGGAUUUCUUGUGCUCGAAGUCCUCAUAUUACAGAAAGUUCUUUGACGAGUCCCCCAAUGAGAGCCUCGAGAACCUCGUGAGACUGCCCGACACCCCGGUCGAGGUCUUUGCCUAUGCCCAGAAUUUCCUUUACACCGGGAACGUCUUCCCCAAUUUUGACAAUCUCCCGACCUAUGAGGUGCUUAUCGGCGUCUGGAAACUGGGCCACGACCUGGGCAUCGACGGCCUCUGCGACGCCACGCUCGACGCCAUGGCUGAGUGUCGCCGCAUCACGCAGCACAUACCCGCCACUCCCCUUCUCGUUCAGGUGUGGAAGGACACUCCGGAGGGUUCCUCGAUCCGCAAGCUUCUCCUUUCGUGGGCCGCCGAGUAUAUGAGAUCGAGCGAGUCCCGAGCCGAGUUCGCCCGGUCACUCCCGCAGGAGGUGUUGAGCGAGCUGGUGGUGACUAUGAGUUCGCUGGAGAGCCCACCCCUCCAACUCGAUGCUACACCCGCAUCGUCCGGCUCUGCUGGUCAGCGUCGCUCGGCGCCAGAGGCCGAGCUGGAGGAGGCAGACGGGCGCCCCGCCAAGAAGCGCCGCGCCUCGGAUGCUGGAGUCAAUGGCACGUUGACAGCGGCUGCGGCUCAAGGCACCGGUCGGAAGCUUGGCCCGAAGGCGUCUCUGCCGGGAUCUAAGCCAGGGCCGAAACCCGGGUCUAAGCGCCGGACUAGCGCCGCCGUCGCUGGAGCCCAGCAGUUCUCAGCCAACCAAAAGCUUAACUUCUGCGCCGACCUUCUUGCGAGAAUGCUGUCCGGUCCUGGAUUUUGGACGCGCGUGGUCGGCCCCUUCAAGGACCCCGUCGACCCCGAGCGCGACGGCGUGCCCGACUACUUCGAGGUGGUCAAGAAGCCGAUGGACCUGAGCACCAUGAAGGCCAAGAUGGACCGGCGCGAGUACGCCGACGAGAACGAGUUCCUCGCCGACAUGAACCAGAUCUUCACCAACUGCUACACGUAUUGGCGGGAGUCUGACCCCAUGUGGGCAGCGUGCGAGAAGCUGCAGAAGUCGUUUGAGGACAAGUUUAGCCAGAUGAACAAGUGGAUUGCCAAGAUGGAAGGGAACGAAGAGAAUUAG